AUGGAUCUCUACAGCCACCAGAACGCAGGAAAUGUAGAAGAGAGGAAGGACGAUGCGUUGAGAACAAUUAGAAGCGGAAUAAACUUGGUGGGAGACAUUCUGAAGACUACGCUUGGUCCCAAAGGUAGUCUGAAGGUCAUUCAUGGGAAGGAAACAUCGGUGACUAACGAUGGCGCAUUUAUAUUGAAGAAUCUCAUGAUCGAUAGUGCAAGUGCAAAGAUCAUUAUUAAUAGUAGUAUAAAUCAAGAUUGGGAAGAGGGGGAUGGAACCACUAGCAUUGCUGUUCUUGUGUCCCUACUCUUGAAGGAAGCUUAUCAGCUGAGCAUUCAUUCUACAAAAAUAAUAAAAGGAUUUUCAUUAGCUCUUGCAAGAUGCCUGGAUCUGCUAAAUAAGAGAAAAUUUACACCAAAGCCAGAAGAUAUUCGCAAUUUAGUCAAAACCACCUUAAAUAGUAAGGUAUUAUCUAACAGCCUGGAUGUUUUUAUCGAUAUUUGUAUUAAAGCUGUUGAAAUGUCCGAGGAUAUAACAUUGGUUGAAAUCAUCAAGCUCGAAGGAGAUCUUUCGGAAAGUCUUAUUGUUGAUGGAAUUGUGCUAAACAAAAGCAUUGAUAUAGCUCUUGAAAAUCCAAGGAUACUUAUUGCAAAUACCUCCAUGGAUCACGACAAGAUAAAAAUUUUCAGUUCCAAGGUUAAUGUGGAAAGCAUUAAGGAAUUAGAAAGAAUAGAACUAGCAGAGAAAGCAAAGAUGAUCUCUAAAAUAGAUGCAAUGUGUCGUGCCUCCUUCGAUUUGUUUAUUAACAGGCAGAUCAUCUAUGACUAUCCUUUACAGCUAUUGAAAAAUAAAGGGCUGUCUGUUAUUGAGCAUGCUGAUUUUGAUGGUGUUGAAAGACUUAACAAGGUGCUAGGCGGAAAUCUUUUGUCAAGCUUUGAGGGCAUCAAAGAAUCUGACUUUGGAACAUGUCAAAAGGUUACUACAGUUAAUAUUAAGGGACACAAAAUGGUAAAGUUCGAAGGCAUUAAAAAAGGGCGCAUCUACCAUUGUUAUUUGCGGAAGUUCUAA